AUGUUUCCACAGAGAGAACAAGGACACAACCGUUUCUGUGUAGGAGAUCUGGCCGCCAGCGGGUGGGAGGUUGUCGAAAGGAACUGUCAAGGUGAGUCAAAGUGCUUGGUUAUAGGAGCAAGUGGUCAUAAGAUUGUGGAGGAAAUUAAAAUCUUUGAUGUCACGCGAGGCGGGCGCUCAACAAAGGCAACGAAUUUCGUCGUUUUUGGCCGAAAAUCAAGGAAAGAACCGGCUUUCAUUGGAAGUUUCGUCAAAAUGGCGUCGAGUGUCGACGGUCCAAACAAUUUGAACCCGUCAGAAGUGGCUUUUACAACCCAUUCCAAAAUUAGAGAGGGCAGAGUUGAAAAUGGACAAAACCACGCCCGGAUAAACUAG